AUACCUCUGCCUUUUCUGAUGUUUUCCUUGUGUUCGCUGCGCCUGUGCUGUCUCGAAACCGAUGGUUUGAUGACGAGAGGCCAUUGUUGUCAGCUCCUCGGCCAGGUGCUUGGUAGUAUUGGGAGCUUGCCUCUCACCGAUGAACGCCCAGAGAAACCCGAGUCAUCUUGCUGCAAGGAUAGCGCAGCAUUUCCACACAAAAAGAAGAUAUUGACAUGAAGAAAGACAUUGAGACAUUAAUAGCUGAGGAACGAGCUGACAUCAUUUUGAAAUAUGCAAAGGGCAGACAGGGAGGGGUUGAAAUUGACCCCUGGGAAGAUGCCAACUACAACAUCUAUAAAGUUAUCGAUCGCCUCGGCUUCAUGCAUGAAGAUGAGCUCCCUGCUCCAACUGCAAAUGAAGAAAAGCUGAAGCAACUAGAGGUAGAGAGAGCAGAGAAAUGGCUGAAGAUGGUAAAGAAGUGGGAUAAAUACAAAAACAGUGACAGAAUGGUGAAACGGGUGUACAAAGGGAUUCCUGUGCAGCUAAGAGGACAUGUCUGGUCUCUGAUGUUGGACGUGGAGAACACAAAGAAGGAUAAUGAGGGCAAAUAUGAGAAAAUGAAGGAGCAAGCUAAACUGUACUCAUCUGAGAUCAAACAGAUUGACCUUGAUAUCAACAGGACCUUUCGCAAUCAUAUCAUGUUCAUGGAUCGCUUUGGAGUCAAACAGCAGUCCCUCUUCAACGUUCUGUCCGCAUAUUCGGCUUACAACACAGAAGUGAGCUAUUGCCAGGGCAUGAGUCAGAUCGCCGCACUGCUGCUCAUGUACAUGAACGAGGAAGAUGCCUUCUGGGCUCUGACACAGCUGCUGACAAACCAAAAACACGCAAUGCAUGGAUUCUUUAUUCCCGGGUUCCCCAAACUUCAGCGAUUCCAGGCACAUCAUGAUCAGAUCAUUUCCAAACUCAUUCCCAAACUAAAGAAACAUAUGGACAAAGAACAAAUGUCUGCUGGCAUUUACAGUACUAAGUGGUUCUUACAGUGUUUCAUUGACAGGACACCCUUUACUUUGACCCUUCGCCUCUGGGAUGUUUACAUCCUGGAGGGAGAGAGGCUCCUCACUGCCAUGUCUUACACCAUCUUGAAGAUACACAAAAAGCGUCUCUUGAAAAUGUCUUUGGAGGGGCUCCGUGAGUUCCUGCUCGAGCGAAUUGCUCAGACUUUUUAUUACGGUGACGAUACAGUCAUUGAACAACUGCAAGCCUGCAUGACAGAAUUGCGGAAGAUGAAGCUGGAUCUUCCUCCUCCAGGAAAAGCUGAAGAGUUACCGCGGAAGCCUUUGGGCCAGGAGCUACCGGUGUUGCUGAGUCCCCUGGAUUCAUCUAGAGGAAAGCACUGUUCAGUCAGUGAUUGUCCCAAAGCAGGACUCAGCCUCCACAUAAUUUCCAACCAACCAGAUUCCAUUUCCCCAGACCAGAGCCCCUCCAAAGACAUUAAUGAUCUACAUCCUGCUGCUGAUGAGGAGGUUCCUCUUCCUUCCCCAGACCCUAUUAUUAUUCACAGUCAGGCCCUUUACACCACAGAUGACUUCCCACUGACAGGGCCACCGCCUUACCAGCCCCUAGAGAGCCAAACACCCAGAACUGCUGGACGGCUGUCUCAGUCUUAUGAGUGGAAGAUGGAGGCGCAACCUGAUGACUCAGGACUACAAGAAAUACAUGCGACAGACAGCCUCACUGACAUAUCCUCAAGCAGGGUCCUGAGGACGCUUUCAGCCCCCAUAGUUCUUGCUCAGUCAGUAAGUGAGACCACACCAGGGAAAACAGAGGAGAGUUCCCUAGCCCAACAGAUGGAUUCCCUGUCCUCCAUUAGGACCCUGAGCCAGGACCAGCCCUGAACCCUUGAAGGAAAAACAUCCAAAAUCUGUCUGUUCUUGUGCUUUGCUCUUCGAAAAAGCUAGCACUAGGUGUGUUUGCGUCCCAUUCUGGGGUGGUUCUCCCAGUACAGUACAAAUACCAUAAACAGCAAUUUAAAAAUCUCAGCUGUAAUGAAGUGGUCGGAAUACACAAGCUUAUUUCAGGCUUCUGACUUCUCAGGGUCACGAUGGUUUGCGAUUACAGACAAUAAUGAUAAGGUCAUAUAUAUAAUAUAUGUAAAUGUCAUCAUAAACAUCUGUUUUUUUUUUUUUUUUUAAUGUUUCUAAACAAUUUAGAUUUAGAAGUGACCAAGCCACUUUCACACUGUGGAUGUUUUGUUAAAUACAAAUCUUUGAGUAGCCAUUCAUGUUGCAAAAACAUAUGCGACUUGCAGUGUGAAAGGAAUGCGGCCCCGAAGUGACACGCAUGAGGACUGUGACACACAUGUUUUGCAGUGUUUAUAAAAUACUCUGGAAUGGUCUUACCAAGAAUGUGUUCAGUUUCUAAUAAAAUGUCUUCACCUAUCAGUUCAUCACUUAUAAUGAGAUAAAAUCCUUUAAAAUGUAUAGUUUUAGUAAGCUAUAAAGGCUUAUUUUGAGACAAUUUUUUUCUUGGUCUUUGGCAGAUUGUUAUUACUUUUUACCUGCAAAAAAUGUUUAAAAAUGAUAAAUUCUCAUUUUUGAAGAGGCAUUUCCCCUAGAGUUUUGUGCUAGCAGAGCCAUUAUCCUUUAAAAACCUGAUAGCUUCAUGUGUGGUAUCAAGUAAAGGGUAUUUUCUGCAUCUUUGUCCACCAUCACUAGUUCGCAACUGCUGUUUGUUUUGUUGAACGGUGGUGAUGUAUUUCACAACCAAACUACACUUUUUUCCCCAAAUUGAGCUUACAAGUAUGGAAUCACAGGAGUGCCAAAAAGAAUAAAGAAAUAUAAAGAGGAAAACAAAUUAAUUAAUCAAUAAAUGAAAAUACAGGUAGUCCCCAGCUCAAGAACGAAAUCCGACGUAACCUGAAUUUCCGUGUAAGUUAGAAUAAACCCUUUAAGUACCCCUAAAUACCUCCCAAAUCUCAAAAUGACUAUCCAAAAACAUGUAUUAUACGUCAUUGUACCGUCCUUGCCAAGACGUUGGAGCUAAGUCCUAGCCAGACAGCGAGUUUAUCUCCAGAAUGACGAUGACAGACUUCCAUGUGGUUUGCUGACUUUAUUCAGCUGCUCAUUACAUCAACGCUUGCAGUAUUAAACUAAGAUAAAAAUGAAAUAAAAUCUGUUUCAUCUUCAAUAGCAGCAAUUCAAUAUGCGUUUAUAACUAGCUGCUGAUACAGCAAUAACAAUUGCCACAAACGAUUAUCAUGUAUCAGUUAGCGUCCGCACAACAUCAAAAACAAUCACAAACUCGCAUCUAGUAUUCAACCACAAUUGAAAACGCACAAUAAACAGUACAUCAACAGCAUGCAUCAUAAAACAGUCAAAGUCAAAAUUAUUAAAAAAAUAAAUAAAUAAAAAUAAACGAGACUCUGGCGUCAUAAAGUCGAAAUCACGUGAGUCGGGUACGUCGUAACCUGGGGACUACCUGCAUGAAGAUAUAUUUUGUCAAUGAGUUUUACUAUUUGUUAUUGAAAAACACCAAGGGAAAAACGAUGUCAAGUUUUGGCUAAAUAUUAUUCUCCACCAUCCAUAAAACUUGGGUUGGCUGAACAUUUUCCUCCACAUACCUAGCAAUUGUAAGUGCCCUCGCUCUUUUUUUUUUUUUUUAAUCGGUCCUGUUAACCUGUUUGACACGGAGAAUGGAAGUCUGAGUGUGUCCAGUGGGUCUGAACAAUUUUAAUGUUUCACAUUGGAGUAUGACAUACUCCCAUUGUGAUCAUUCAACAUACCCCAUUUAUUAAGACAAAGCAGCGAACAGGAAGGGGUUAUGGGGGAACAGAAGAAAGGAAGGAGAGAGACAGAAGAAAUACAACAACAAGAAAUACAUUGAACUCCUACACUAACUAUGAAUAUAUUGUUGCGAUCGUCAGUGGAGUGUACACAAAUCAGCCCUGUGAUCUAGAACCCAGUAAUCGUGUGAAUCCCUUUGAGUGUGAGCCCGUUGGCAACCGACCCUAUGCCGCUCCAUCGCUAAUCCGGGCACUGAGGUCCCCUACCCGAGCGCGCCCAAUCACAUCCAGCCAUGCGCGAAUCCCACCAAACAUGCAAUAGCCACGCAGACGAGUAGAGAAGCUGCGCAGACGAGUGGAGAAGCCGCACAGGCAGGCGCCACCCCAAGGACACGGCCACCACCCAGCUAACCCAGGGGGUGAGCGAGGGGGCGAGUCAGCCCAGCCCAUUCCUCCUGCCGUGGCCCAUCAAAGGGGUCAUCACCACCUCACAGGGAUCCAGGGCGGUCCCCCGGGCCACUCGCGCUCCCAUCAACCGGCCUUCAGGGAUGGGAAGAGGAGACACCACCAACCCCCACGCCGGCCCCCGCCCGGCCCACGAGCCGCAGCCGCAGCUCCCCAACCGGCAUGGCACACCGCGGGACCCCCAACGGCCCACCAAGCCCAAGGCAGGACAAGCCCCCCCCCCGCCGACACACCGGCAUCCAGCCAACCUGACUGAUCACUUGGCGUGACCCAUUAUGGUUAUUUUUUAGCAUCUUUGGAUGAAAAUACAGCAAUGAACCUCCUGGCGCUUUGGGCAGAUGUCGCAGUCGCUCGAGACGUACAAGCAGACGAAGGAUUGGAGUAUAAUCCACAUGCUCUGGCAAAGCAUAACUUAACCAGCUCUCUUCAGCACCUUCAUUUACUUUACUUACAUAACGUUUUAACCCAAAAUAUGGCACUCUGGUGUGGAUUGAUGGGCGCGAACCCCCUGAAAUACACAAGUGAAGUGUAUAAAAUGGAGAGUACUUAUAUAGCGCAUUUAUCUAAAUUGUUACAAUGCCCAAAGCGCUUUACAUUCGCACACAUUUACCCUUUCACGCACACCUUAACACACCAAUGGACAAUGAAAUUUGUGAGGAAAGACCAGACAAGGAAAAACUAAAUAGAAAAGGCAAAGAAAAAAUGCAAUUUUUUUCCAUUUGUGUUUUUCAAUGAUGAAAAAUAAAAGUCAAUAACAAAAUUAACUUAAACAUUUUCAGUUAUUUAUUGUUAUUCAUUUAUUGCUCUUGAUAUGUAUUCAUUCGUAUUUUUUGGCACUCGUGUGAUUCCAUAUACUAUACCAGGGUAUUUAGGUAGUAUCUGAUUUCUAAAACCAACGAAUACUGGUAUGAUGCUUUUCGAGAAUAUGCAGGGAUACACAUUCACCCGCCUCUGCUACUUUUGUGACCAAUGAGCUGACAGAACAGUGAAAACACGAAACCUCUUUUAUCUCGUUGGCUGGGGUACUGUCGCUUGUCAUGAAGACAACGGAAGACAACAUAGAGUGGAAGAUAGGAGGUUGAGUGAGCAAAGCUUGAGGAAAAAGCAUGUUCAAAAUGUUGAUAAUUUGUUUUCUUGCUUUGACAUGCACCCUCCGUGUAUUGAAUUUUCACUCAUUUUCGUGUUCUGUCAAUUUCAUUUGUAUUUCCACAUUAUAAUUGGAGUGAAAACGUAUUGCGGAGGGGGACCAUGAAAACACAUCGAUUGUGAAAUAAGUUAAAAUAGUAGUCAAGUCUCAGUGAGAUUCGUAUAGAGCUUGCCGCACACGGGAGCAAAAGCAAAAUAAAGUUUGGA